AGUUUCAGAUCAGUGAUCACAUUAUUGGUUCAUUGUUUAAGUGUUGUUUUAAAAAUACUGAAGCUUGUGCAUUCUCUGAUAUGGGCGGGAAUUGAGUUCCACUCAUCUGCUGCUCUGACUGUAAAUGCUGAUUGUCUAAAAGGAGAUUUCCUAAAUUUAGCGGAGCAGUCACCUCUUGCUAAUGCCCUGGUCUCCCAAGCAUCGUUCCUGCAGAAUGACACACAUUGUUUAAGUGGUGGCAACAAAAGAUGAUGAAUUAAUUUAUACAUGAGACACAUAUUUGCAAAACAAAGUCUGUCAAAGGUCAAUAAAUUAUAGCAGCUAGAGGUAGUUGAUGCCUAAUAUGUCAUUCAUAUGUCCUUCAAAAUUCAUUAGGUUAGCUCUGACACGUCUGGAGACCUUUUUUAUAUGUUUCUUAAAAUUUAAGUUAGAAUCAAAUACAAUGCCCAGAUACUUGAAAUACUCAACAAUAUUUAUUACCUCUCCUUUAACUAUAAUGUCAGGUUGAUGUGUGUUAUUUCUCUUGAUAGAAAUUUGCUGAUCAUGUAUUUGUAUUUGUAACUGAAUCUGAUGUAAGUUAUAAAUAUUUCCAUUUUACCCCAGGGACCACACAGAAGCUGAUGAAACAUCCUGUCAAGGUGUAUGGGUUAGUUGCACAGAAAGAAAGAGGAAGAAAGUUAGUCUAAUGAGAAGUAAGAAGUAAGAGUGGCACAGCAUGCAGGGAAGUGUCAUACCGAACUGAACAAAACACAAGUUAUUUGAGGAUAAACCAGCUAAACUGUCAUAUUUUGGAGUUUGGAAUUAGUUUGAAGAAACAAGAGGCUGAAAAACCUUCAUAUCAGGUAAACAGAGAUAGAAAUGUCUGAGCAUAUUUACGACAAUGACUCUGGUGAAAGUGAGCAAAUGGGAGAAAUAGUGUUAAAUGCAGCUGGAGAGAAUGAUGAGGCAGAGGAGAGGAUAGUGAUUAUCUAUGACAGCGCAGACAACCUCGGGGGUCACAACUCCAGUUUAAAUACAGGAAGAGCUGUAAAUCAGAGCACACCGGACCAGCAGCCAGGCUGGACUUCCUUCAGGGCUGUGGCUAUGUGCCUGGGUCUGCUCUGUAUUCUCCUCCUGGCUGCCAUUAUAGGUGUUGGACUCCACUGCAGAUUCACACAGCAGACACACAACACAAUCUGGGCUGAAAGGAGAAAGAAGACUUUAGUUGAGCUCAGUCAUUUCUGUAGGGAUGGGUGUAAGUCAUUCAACAACAGUUUUUACUACAUUUCCUCUAAAACAAAGAACUGGGAGGAGAGCAGACAGGACUGCAAAGACAGAGGAGCAGAUCUAGUCAUCAUAAACAGCAAAGAAGAACAGGCAUUUAUCAGUUCAUACUAUUACCACUGGAUUGGUUUGAAUGACAGAGAAGAGGAGGGAACAUGGAAAUGGGUGGAUGGUUCAGUUUUGAACAGCACAGGUAAUAUCAGGAUGUCACUUGUUUAAACAGGUUUUGGAGAAGUGAACCCAGUGGACAAGUGAAGCACUGUGUAAGCACUUCGAAUCGAGAGCUGAGCAACUGGAAUGCUUUUUACUGUACAUCCUCACGAAACUGGAUCUGUGAAAAACUUGACU